UAGUAUAGAUGCGGUUUUGUAACUAUUUAGUAUUUACUGUUUAGUUUGAAGUUUAUGGAUUCACGUCGGAUGUGUUAAUAACCACUUCAAAAAUUUAAAUAUGAAGCAGAGUAAUAAUCCUCAUCUGGAAAAAUGCAGAAAACUAGUUCGCACACAUCUUGAUUUGCAAUUAUUUCCAUCUGCAUUAUUUUGGGCUGAUAAAGCAGCUACAUUAAGUCAUUUUGAUCCAAGAGAUGUGUAUCAACUAGCUAGUUGCAUGUUCUUGUUAAAACAAUACCAGAGAGCAGUUGUACUGAUAAAAAAUAAAGGGUUGGAUAAAACUGAUAUGUUAUGUUACUACAUGGUCUUAAGAUGUUUGGUAGAAGCCAAAGACUAUACAGAAGCAGCUAAUAUUAUUAAUUCAGAAAUAAAUCCAACAUCAUGUAAUGUAUCACUUCAACAACAAGAUAUGAAGUCUCAUGAUGGAUUGACUCAUUUUAAUGUUCAAAGUGCAUUAUUUUGUAUUAAAGGAAAAAUCUAUGAAGCACUGGAUAACAGAAAUUUUGCUACAGAUUGUUAUAGAGAAGCUUUGAGAAAUGAUGUACAUUGUUACGAUGCAUUUCAAGCUCUUAUACAACAUCAAAUGUUGACUUCAUUUGAAGAACAAAUGUUAAUUCAGUCAUUACCAUGGAGCAAUCAUCCAAAUGAUUGCAUUACAAAACCUUUGUAUGAAGUACUGUUAAAAAAAUACCAAGAACCAAAAUUAACUGGUCCGUUUUCACAGUUUGAUAUACCUGUUGAAUUAAUAAUGGAUAAUCUGGAUAUUCAAGAGGCUGAAGCUGAACGACAUUACUAUGCUUGUGCAUACAAGGAUUGUUUUCAAAUUACAGAAAGUAUUUUGAAACAAGACCCAUAUCAUCCUGACUGUUUACCUAUACACAUUGCUUGUUUAGUAGAAUUGGAAAAAUCAAAUGAGUUAUUUUAUUUAGCACAUAAAUUAGUGGAUCUUCAACCUGAUCAAGCAAUUGCAUGGUUUGCUGUUGGAUGUUAUUAUUAUCUUAUAGGAAAACGUGAUCAGAGUAGAAGAUAUUUAGGAAAAGCUACUAAUCUUGAUAACACUUUUGGACCAGCUUGGUUAGCUUAUGGUCAUUCAUUUGCCGUUGAAAAUGAACAUGAUCAGGCAAUGGCAGCUUAUUUUAAAGCAUCACAACUUUUGAAAGGAUGUCAUUUGCCUCUUCUAUAUAUUGGUUUAGAGUGCUCAUUGACAAAUAACAUUAUUAUGGCUCAAAAGUAUUUAAAAGAAGCUUUGGAAAUUGCUCCAAAUGAUCCAUUUGUGUUACAUGAAUUGGGAGUUAUUGCUUUUCAAAGUCAUAGGUAUAAAGAAGCUGAAUCAAAAUUUCUUGAAGCACUUGAAAGAAUUAAACAGAUAAAACAACCUAUAAUAGCUAAUAAAUGGGAAUCACUAUUUAAUAAUUUGGGUCAUGUUUAUCGAAAAAUGAAAAAUUAUGACAAAGCUCUUGAGUAUCAUAAACAAGCAUUAGUUAUAUCUCCUAUGAACACAUCUACAUUAACGUGUAUUGGAUUUGUUCAAUCACUCAAUACCAAUUUUAGAGAUGCUGUAGAUACGUUUCAUAAAGCUUUAGGGCAAAAACGAGAAGAUACAUUUAGUAGUACUAUGUUAACGUGUGUUUUGGAUAUUUGCAUUGAAGAUCCCCCUUUAUUUAACGAUUAUUCAGAUGAGGCAACUGAAUCAUUGAAACUUGAACUAAGCAAAAAACUUCCAAAAACCAACAGAUUGUUAAAAAUGAAUGACGAUAAUGAUGUUGUACUACCAUUCAGAAACCCUAAUUUAAGACUCUGGAACAGAAGGUUAAAAAAGAAAACUGAAGAAACAACCAAUUUCCUUGAUCUUAUAGAAGAUAUCCCCCCCUCUCCUGACAGUCCUAUAGAAGAUACCAGUAGUAAUAUUAAUAUAGAAGAUACCAGUAGUACUCAUGUAGGUGAUACUAGUAGUGCAAUGGUUAUAGAUUCAAGUUCUGCCGCAGAUAAUUCUAGUGUUAAUAUGGACUUGUCAACAAAUAUGUCCUGGAAAUUCUGAUAGUUUUAAGUAAUAUAUUAUUUAAAAAAUUAAAUGGAUACAUUUUUAUAUCUAUUC